AUGAAUGAAUUUGCUUAUCAUCCGUGUGGGAAAUAUCUGUUCGUCGCAACGGGCCAAGGCAGAGUGGAGAUUUUCAAGAUGCCUGAGUUGGACUUAGUUCGUACAGUAACAGCUCAUUCGGGUCAAUCAAAUUGCGUAGCACUAGCAGUAUCACCAGAUGGACAACGCGUGGCUGUCGGAGCAUCUGACGCUUUGUGUUCUAUAUGGAGCAUAGAAGAAAUGAUCUGUGAACGAAAUCUUGGAAGGUUGGACUACCCUGUGAGAGCGGUGGCGUUUAGUAGUGACAGCCAGUUGCUAGCGACUGGAAGUGAAGAUCACUCCAUAGAUAUUGCUUAUGUGAAUGACGGAUCAAGAGUGCACGAGAUUCGAUUAGAUGGGGAAGUUUACUCGUUAGCAUGGCAUCCACAGCAACUGAUGCUGGCACUUGCAUCGUCGAGCGAUCCACGAGAACGUGACAGUUUUGGUGUACGAUUGUUCGGCUAUACUAGCUGA